AUGGCGGGGGUGGGAGCGAAGGGGAGAAAAGCUGGGCUCCCAGGUUUUUGUUGGAAAACUUGUUAUUUUCACAUUUUGUUCUGGGUCGUAUCCGUCUGUGGAGAAGAGAAGACCUUCAUCGUUGAGACGUGGUUGAAGAACUAUGGCUACCUGCUUCCCCACGACAUCCGGACGUCAGACCUACGGUCGGAGAAGGCCAUGCAGUCAGCGGUCGCUGCCAUGCAGCGGUUCUACGGCAUUCCUGUGACAGGAGUGCUUGACCAGACCACCAUCGAGUGGAUGAGGAAGCCGCGGUGUGGAGUCCCUGAUCAUCCCCACAUAAGCCGACGGCGGCGGAAUAAACGCUAUGCUCUCACUGGUCAGAAAUGGAGAGACAAGAAAAUCUCAUACAGCAUACAUAACUUCACCCCUAAGGUCGGUGAGAAGGACACACAGAGGGCAAUCCGCCAGGCGUUCGAUGUAUGGCAGGCAGUGACCCCGUUGACCUUUCAGGAGGUGGCUUACUCCGAGAUCAAGAACGAGGGCAAGGAAGCGGACAUCAUGAUUUUCUUUGCUUCCGGUUUCCACGGUGACAGUUCCCCGUUCGAUGGCGAGGGAGGCUUCUUAGCCCAUGCCUACUUUCCAGGGCCGGGCAUUGGCGGGGACACGCACUUCGAUUCCGAUGAACCCUGGACGCUGGGCAGUGCCAACCACGAUGGAAAUGACCUUUUCCUGGUGGCAGUGCAUGAGCUUGGCCAUGCUUUAGGGCUAGAGCACUCUAAUGACCCCAGCGCUAUAAUGGCUCCCUUCUAUCAGUACAUGGAGACGCACAACUUCAAACUGCCUCUGGACGAUCUACAGGGAAUCCAGAAAAUAUACGGUGUUCCGACAGCCAUGUUAGAGCCCACCAGGCCGCUGCCAACCCUCCCCGUCCGCCGUACCCACUCCACCUCUGAGAGGAAACAUGACCGUCAGUCACGCCCACCUCGCCCUCCCUCUGGUGACCGCCCUUCCUCACCUGGCAAUGGGAAGCCCAAUAUCUGCGAUGGCAACUUCAACACCGUGGCCUUCUUCAGACGGGAGAUGUUUGUUUUCAAGGAUCGCUGGUUCUGGCGCCUGCGGAACAAUAAGGUUCAGGAGGGGUAUCCCAUGCAGAUUGAACAGUUCUGGAAAGGUCUGCCUCCCAGGAUUGAUGCUGCUUAUGAGAGAUCUGAUGGCAAAUUCGUGUUCUUUAAAGGUGAUAAGUAUUGGGUGUUCAAAGAGGUGACUGCUGAGCCUGGGUACCCGCACAGCCUGGUGGAACUGGGCAACUGCCUGCCACGGGAUGGCAUAGAUACUGCACUGCGCUGGGAACCAGUAGGCAAGACCUACUUCUUCAAGGGAGACCAGUACUGGCGCUACAACGAAGAGAAGCGGACAGCUGACCCUGGUUACCCCAAACCCAUCACGGUGUGGAAGGGGAUCCCUGAGGCACCCCAAGGAGCAUUUGUCAGCAGAGAGGGAUUUUAUACCUACUUCUAUAAGGGAAAGGAUUACUGGAAGUUUGACAACCAGAAGCUGACUGUGGAACCUGGCUACCCCAAGUCCAUUCUGAAGGACUGGAUGGGCUGCGACCAGUCUGAGGUGGAGAAAAACAAAGACCGCCAGCUCCCCCACGAUGACGUGGACAUCAUGGUCGCAAUCAACGACGUGCCGAGCACGGUCAACGCCAUAGCCGUGGUGAUACCGUGCAUCCUGUCCCUGUGCAUCUUGGUCCUGGUCUACACCAUCUUUCAGUUUAAAAACAAGGGAGUGCAGCAACACGUCACCUACUACAAACACCCUGUGCAGGAAUGGGUAUGA